UACUCUGCACAUGCGAAAGAUAUCUACUUUUUGUUCAGUGGUCUCUCUCCCUUGCCAGUAUAACUAGGUGCGAGUAGAAAAGACUUUUGUCUUUUUCUUGCAAGUUCCCUGAUCCAGCAUGAACGCCAUCCGUCAAACCCAGGCCUUGAACAAGCGAGAACUCGAAAAUGCCACACCACCAUCGGCCUCGUGGCACGCAGAUUACAGAGACACAGCGUACAUAUACAUUGGUGGCCUAAAUCUAGAUUUGACAGAAGGCGACGUGAUCACCAUAUUUUCACAAUUCGGUAACCCUACGCACCUCAAUCUGAUCAGGGACAAAGAGACGGGCAAGAGUAAAGGUUUUGCCUUUUUGAAAUACGAAGACCAGCGCAGUUGCGAUUUGGCCGUGGACAAUUUGACGGGUGCCGAUGUUUUGGGCAGGUUGCUCCGAGUCGACCAUACAAGGUACAAGAAAAGGGACGACGAGGACGAAGAUACCUACCGCAUCGACCGUUUGGAAGCGCAAGCCGAGGGAGACGAUAUGAACGGCAACGGGAAGAGGGGGAGUGGCGACGAUUACGACGACACAGACGAUGACGACGGACGCAGACACAGACACAAGAAACACAGACCCAUGUUGAAGGAAGAGCGGGAACUGGAAAAGAUGCUAGCCAUCACACAAGGCGGAGACGAAGAACAAGAUCCGAUGCGCGAUUACUUAAUCCGAGAGAAGAGGGAGGAAAUUGAAAGGGCGAAAGAACGCCAAAAGUCCAAAAAAGAAAAAUCUGAGCACAAACAUAGACACAGACGUAGAGAUGGCGAGGACGUCGAGGAUGAGGGAAGACGUCGACAUCGACACAGACACCGAGAUGAGGAUGAAGAUGGUAGGAAGACGGAGCACAAACAUCGUCGCCAUCACGGAGAUGAGGAAGGUCACGAUGAUAAUGAUGAUGCUGCGGAGGAAGAGAGGCGACACCGACAUCGACAUCGACACGGAGACGAGGGGAACCAUGCAGACCGUUCCGAGCGAAAUAGACGCAGUGACAGAGACGCAGACAGAGAUCACAACGAGUCUAGAUCCAGCCAUCGUGAUCGGGAUCGUGACGAGAAGAGGCAAGAUCGUGAUCAUCGUGAGCGAAGACGGAAAAGAUCUGAUAGUCGCGAUAAAGAUCAGGUAUAGCCGGACGGGAAACCAUGCGUUUCACAAAGUCAUGAAGCUCUAUGAUGUUAAUGUUGUCGUCUUUUACUCAACCUGGCGGUUCUAUCAGAGCAUUUUUUAUGUACGACCAGAAUUGCGAGAAAUUCGUUUCGAGAUAUGUACACCGGAGAUAUCCAGCACUUGCUCUUCUAUAUGGCUUGCCUCAUUUCAG